UCCCCGACCGCGCAGGCGUAGUGGCGCGGGGCAUGCCGGGCGAGGUAGUCCUUCGCGGGGCGGGCUGGGCGGCAGCAUGUCGGGGCUGGAGCUGCUGUCGGGGCAGGGCUUCCGCCUGGACGGGCGCCGGGCCGGCGAGCUGCGGCAGGUGCGCGCCCGCAUGGGGGUCUUCGCCCAGGCCGACGGCUCCGCCUACCUGGAGCAGGGCAACACCAAGGCGCUGGCCGUCGUCUACGGGCCCCACGAGAUGCGCGGCUCCCGCAGCAAAGCGCCGCCGGACCAGGCGCUGGUCAACUGCCAGUUCAGCAUGGCCACCUUCAGCACGGGCGACCGCAAGCGCCGGCCCCACGGAGACCGCCCCGCCGCCGAGAUGAGCCUCCACCUCAAGCAGACCUUCGAGGCCGGCAUCCUCACCCGCCUCUACCCCCGAUCCCAGAUCGACAUCUACGUCCAGAUCCUGCAAGCCGGGCCGGUCAGGAACUACAUGCCUCGUGGAACGCGAGCCACCCUGGCGUGUCAUCGACGCCUCGGCGCAUCCCCGGAGCGCGGAUUACGCUUAUGCGUGACGCCCUUGGCUUCGACCUAAAUCUGCUACGUGGAGGAAGCGUCAAGGGGGCCCCAGCUGGCCCUGGGCUGCCCAGGAGAUCAAGACUGGUAGAUGCAGCCCUGCCUGCUGGAGAUGAACGCCCGGCUGCACGAAGACCACCUGGAGCGCAUCCUGGAGGCCGCCAGCAAGGCCUGCAGAGACGUCUACGCCGUGCUCGACCAGGUGGUGCGGGAGCACCUGCAGGAGGUGACGGCAAGCUGCUUUCGGCAAAGUAGCUCCAGCCCCUAGGCUGCGCCGGUCCGCUCUUGCUUGCCUCCGGAGCUGGCUGGCUCUGGUCCCGCAGCCUCCUCAGGGUCCCAGAGGGGAAGGGGGGGAGCUGUGUGGGGAGGGGGGAAGCUGGGGGGACUCUUCCCUCCCUCGGCUGCUGUGCCCCUGCCGUCUGUUUGGGAAGAACCGGUGGGGUAGGGGGGGAUCUGCACCUGACUGUUUGUACAAAAUGCCGUCUUCUUUUUUUAUUCAUCAUCAAAGAAUAAAUAUUCUUCCAAAGAAA